AUGUCUUCAUUUUACAGAUGCAUUGGCAAUUUCGUACAACUGAACAACUUGUCGAGACAAUACUUAGUUGUACCAUUUUUAUAUUACUUAUUACCACUAGUUUCAGCUGAUAUUAAUGGGUUUCUAUCACAGCAGGACGAUAGUCCAGAUUCUAGAACUGUAGUAUCACUUGGAAUUUUAGGUGCUGUUUGCAUAAUCGGUAUUUUUAUUCUUUGGGCAAUCAUUCGAAAACGGUUAGCUGCUAUAGAUAAGAAUAGGAUCCCCGAUGUCAAUGAUCCUGAUAUUGCUAGGGUUGAAGCUAGUUUGCUGGAAUCUUUAGAUGAAGCAGCCCGGCAAAACUAUGAACGUGCACGAAUGUAUCAAGAUGCUUUUCCGCCCGACAGUAUUCCUACAGAUAUUACAUUAUCCCAAUUUUUGUCUAUUCAGGAAAAAGGUGUAUCUGCAUGGGAAUUUGAACCAGAUCUUCAACAUACUAAUUGUUUCGUAGAAUGUCGUACUGAAAUCGCAUUUUAUGAUGGUGAAUGCAGUGUUCAAACGAAUCUUCCUUUACCAAAACAGCAAGAAAUCUAUUAUUGGGAAGCAAAAAUGUAUGAAAAGCUACCAACAACAACUGUUGCUGUAGGAUUAGCGACCAAACCUUACCCAUUAUUUAGAUUACCAGGGUGGAAUCAUCAGUCUGUUUCUUAUUUUUCAGAUAACGGAUUUAAGUACUAUAAUUCACCUUUCAACGGAAAGUCAUAUGGUCCACAAUUUCAACAAGGUGAUGUUAUUGGAGUUGGAUAUCGCCCAAGGACUGGUACAGUUUUUUUCACCCGUAAUGGAAAGAAAUUGGAUGACGCAUUUACUGGAAUGAAAAGGAACCUUUUUCCAACAAUCGGGGCAAAUGGACCCUGUAGUGUUCAUGUUAAUUUUGGACAAAUAGGCUUCGUUUUUAUCGAAGCAAAUGUAAAAAAGUGGGGACUUGCACCAACUAUGGGAACACUUGCACCCCCACCAGCAUAUGGUUCCGAAAGAGGAUCCAUUUUAUUAGAAUCUAGUUCUAGAGGGCGUCCAUCAGAAGACAUUCAUCGUUUACAAUAUUCUCAUGUAAAUAAUAAUAUUAUGAACGGAGCACCCCCAGAAGCAGCCUUGGAUAUUUCCUUGGCAGACAUCACAGUUUCCCCUCCAUCUUAUUCUUCAGUAGAUCGAUAUUACGAACGUCGUCAUUCAUUUAUGUCAGAAAAUUCAGAAACCUAUUUAUUAUCCGGAGAACAGAGUGAUUCUCGAAGGACUAGUUUUGAAAGUUCAUCUAGGGAUCAACAACGAAAUGGCUGA